CACAGGUGCGAACGCUGUCGAAGCAAUAGUUCUUUGUACUAUACAUACAUACACACAGUUACUAAGUAUGCCUCAACUCACUGCGCGGUCGCUGCCUUAUCAGCCACCAGACUAGAAAAUUUACAGAGUACAGUGCUGUGAGUGGCGUUACCUGGCUUCUACUCUUUUUUUUAUUUAUUUGGUCUCAAAAUAUUCCCCCACGUUUGCUUUUACACCUGCGAGUGAUAAAAUUUGUUCUUAUUUACAAACCAAAAAAAAAUACAAAAGUGUUUUAUUAAACUAAAAUUAUUCCUACUUUCAUAUGUAGAUCGCUAUUUUUUGUGAAACACUUUAAAUAACAAGCGCACCAUGUCGUACGGCGCCGAGAAGGCGCUUGCCUAUUUGUAUCCGCUGAUCAUUGCCACCUCUGCCAUCUGCUGCAUCACAUCGGGCGUUGCUUGGGCCCAUUGGCGUUAUGUUUUGAACGCUUGUCCGGAGACGAAUUGCGGCUGCAUCCUCCAUGGACGCACCACCUACAACAGCUUCGAGGGUGGUCAUAUAGCCUAUUGCCACUUUGCCACAUACGGUCUCAUCUUUCCUCUAGUGUUCGCCACCGUGCUGGGUAUUUACCAUGCAUAUCGCAUCUGUAUGGGCACAACAAAACGAAAAACGGGCACAACCACCAUUCGACAGAG